AUGUCUUCACCGCUUCCGUACAACCGCCAGACCGCGCUUGCAGCUACCGUUGCAGCUGACAAUGCGGCAAACAUCGCUGGGAAGACCGUUCUCACCACCGGUGUAACCCAGGGCGGCCUCGGCGCAACAUUUGUCGAGACAAUCGCGCAAUACAAGCCACGCUUGCUCAUCCUGGCGGGUCGCUCCGCAGAAAAAGUACAAGCUACUGUGCAAAAGAUCAAGUCGGACCCAAAGAGCUCUGAUGUCGAAGUACGGAUCCUGGAAAUUGAUCUUGCCAGCCAGAAGAGUGUGCGCCAAGCAGCAGAUACAGUAUUGGGUUGGAAGGAUGUGGACCAUAUCGAUGUUCUGGUCAACUCCGCUGGCAUCAUGGCAGGCCCCUACAAAACCACACAGGAAGGAAUUGAGAACCAGUUUGGUAGCAACCACAUUGGCCACUUCCUGUUCACGAAUCUGAUCUUGCCUAAGAUCCUUGCUUCUCCCAGCCCUCGCAUCGUCAGUGUCGCUAGCGAUGGCCAUCGUUUUGGCGGUGUGCGAUUCGAUGACUGGAAUUUCCAGGACGGUAAGGUCUAUGAGCAAUGGGAAGCGUAUGGGCAAAGCAAGACAGCCAAUAUCUUGUUUGCGCGAGCACUUGCAGAGAAGCUUGGACCCAAAGGCUUGAAGGCAUACAGUCUGCAUCCCGGCGUAGCCUUUGGCACUUCGCUUGCGCCUCAAGGAUUGACAGAUGAGGACCUUGGUGGACUGGGUGCAAAAGAUAAGGAAAUCGGCUGGAAUCGUGAGCUAGAUAUCAAGACCCUUGAUGAAUGUUCUGCAACGCAUGUUGUUGCUGCGUUCGAUACACGACUCAACGCCUAUAAUGGAGUAUAUCUCGAGGACGGUAAUCUAUCCGACGACUUGCAGCCAUCCGCCACCAACCCGGCCGACGUGGAGAAGCUAUGGAAGCUCAGCGAGAAGCUAGUUGGUCAGGACUUUUCCUACUAG